ACAGUAUCGUCUCAACUCCAAACAGUGCCAUAAGGUGCAAUUUGUAGCUAACCACUACCAAACUGCCACGACAACACACGUGAGGUUCGAUCAGUACCAAGUUUCGCAUUUCUUAUUUUCCCCAAAUCUCCAAACCGAACCGCCGAGAAAACCCCUUUUCUCUCUACAAUUCUUCUGGUUCCUCUGCCUACCCAACACAUCUAACCAUUCACCAAACUCAGACUAAAUCUCGACCGUUGAAAAAAACCCGCCGCCGCAUCAUAAAGUUUGCGCCGCCGUCGCCCCGAAUUCCCAUCAACUUCAUCUCUCAGGUCAGAUGGGCAGUGGUGCGCCUGAUAUAACAGGUCAUCCACGGGAAAAGGAUAUUGAAAAUGAAUGUCAAACAUCGUCCACAUUGGUGAUUGAUACAGAGCAGGAAUCUCAGAGCCCAAAAGAAUCCUUUGUUAAACAGGGUCAGGUGGUUAUUGGUGGUGAGCGUGAGAGUCAAAGUCCAACUGUUUCUUCUGUAGACAAGAGUCAGGUAGUUAUUGACAGUGAUCAUGAUUCCGAGACUCCAAGUGUUUCUUCUGUUGACAAAACUCAGGAGGAAAUUGAUGGUGAGGACUGUCAGACCCCAAGGGUUUCCAACGUUAGCAAGUUUGAGAUGGACGUUGCUGGUGAGCAGGAGUGUCAGAACCCAAAUGCUAUCUCUGCAGGGGUCAGUGUAGUUGUAAAGAGUGAGGAUGAUGUAUAUGUGAUACCAAAAGUUGGCAUGGAGUUUGCAUCAGAAGAUGAUGCGUAUAAGUGUUACAGUAGAUAUGCUGUUCUGGAAGGUUUCAGCAUUCGAAAAGAUUUUGUAAACAAAAGUAGGGUAAAUGGUGCAGUUGUCUCUAGAAGGUACACUUGCUACAGACAAGGUUAUCGGCCUACCAAAUAUAAUUCAAAUGUGAGGAAAUCCCGGCAGGAAACAAGAACUGGUUGCUUGGCACAUAUGACUAUUGCACGUCAGCCUAAUGGUAAGUUUCGUGUCACUCAUUUUGAGACAAAGCACAAUCAUGAGUUUGUUACACCAUCUACAGCUCAUAAGUUACCUUCACAAAAGAGAUUAAAAUUUGCUCAAGCGGUCGAAGCUGAUUCAACCAGUCAUUCUGGGAUGGAUGGGGUACCAAAACUUGGAAUGGGAUUUGACUCAGAGGAUCAUGCCUAUGAAUUUUACAAUACAUAUGCUGGACGGGUAGGGUUUAGUGUCCGGAAAGAUUAUGUAAAUAGAAGUAAGAUAGAUGGUGCUGUGGCAUCUAGACGGUUUACGUGUUUUAGAGAAGGUUUUAGACAGAAGGACAAGCGGGAUAUGAAUGUGAAGAGACCUCGAAAGGAAACAAGAAUUGGCUGUUUGGCACAACUGGUCAUUUCUCGUCAGCCUGAUGGUAAAUAUCGUGUCACUCACUUUGAAGAAAAGCACAAUCAUGAGCUUGUUGCAGCAUGUAGAGUUCGCAUGUUACGAUCUCAAAAGAGACUAGCUGUAGCUCAGGCUGUUGAUGGCAACUUUGUUGAUGGUUCUAAGAUCGAGCCAAAAUCAGCCUGUGAGUUACAAUAUAGGAUGAUUGGAGAUUGUGAGUAUAUUGGUUAUGACCCCAUAGAUUAUAAAAGUAAACUACCUUCCCGUCGUAUGAGGGAAUUGAGAGAAGGAGAAGCGGAAAGGAUGCAGCAAUAUUUUCAAAGCAAACAACUAAAGAAUCCCUCUUUCUUUUAUGCUAUCCAACUUGAUGCUGAUGAUCAAAUAGCUAAUGUAUUUUGGGCUGACGCAAAGAUGGUGGUGGACUACAGUGAUUUUGGUGAUGUGGUUUGCUUUGAUACAACUUGCAGAUUAUAUAGAGAUUGCCGACCUUUUGCAACUUUCAUUGGGAUGAACCAUCAUAAGCAGAUGGUGAUUUUCGGUGCUGCACUUUUAUACGAUGAAACUGUUGAAUCUUUCAAAUGGCUGUUUCGAACUUUCAUAGAAGCAAUGUCUGGGAAGAAGCCAAAGACUAUCCUCACAGAUGAAGAUGCAACAAUCACUGAAGCAAUUGAUUUAAUAUUGCCUGGAACACCUCAUCGAAUGUGUGUAUGGCAUGUUUACCAAAAUGCACUUAAGCAACUUAAUCACAUGUCUGUGGGCUCAGGUUCUUUCAUUAAUGAUUUAAGCAGUUGCUUUUUUGAACAUGAGGAGGAUGAGGAUUUUAUUAAUGGAUGGAAGGCUAUGCUAGACGUUUAUGGUCUGUGGGAAAAUGAGUGGUUGCAUGAGAUAUUUGAAUGUAGAGAGAAAUGGGCUGUAGUAUAUGGAAGGCAUAACUUUUGUGCUGACUUAUACGGUGCACUAUUGCGUGAAAAUUUUACUGCUACCUUAAAGAAGUAUCUAAAGUCUGACUCAGAUGUGCUUCCAUUUUUCAAACAUCUUGGGAAGGUGGUGAAUGAAUGGCACUAUAAAGAAUUGGAAGCUAAUUUUGAUAUGAGCCAACAUAUGCCAAGACUAAUGGGGGAUGUAAUUAUGUUGAAGCAGGCAAGAGAUAUAUAUACACCAAAAAUUUUUGAAUUGUUCCAGCUAGAAUAUGAAACAUGUUUAAAUAUUGUUGUAAACCAAUGUACUGAGAGUGAAUCAUUGUUUGAGUACAAAGUUAGCAUAUAUGGGCAACCACGCGAGUACACGGUUACUUUUAAUUCCACUGAUGAGACUGUUGCCUGUAAUUGUAUGAAAUUCGAGUUUAUGGGAGUUUUAUGUAGCCAUGCAUUAAAAGUGCUCGAUUAUAGGAACAUAAAGCUGAUACCAACCAAGUACAUCCUGAAGAGGUGGACAAAAGAUGCAAGAGUCUGAAUAACAGAGGAAAUUUUGGGGCUCCAGAUAGGAAUAUUACAAGUUGGCUGCAACAAAGCUGAUAAAGAGAUCUCUGACAUGUAACAGUUACUUAUUGUUUAUGGCUGCUAAAUUUGACUAAGCAUAACAAUUUGCUCGAAGAAAAUUUUAUGUAAAGAGUGAGCAGUCUGAACUAUGUGAAUAUUGUACAAAAUGGUCCUGUAUGCCUUCUUUCAUUUCUAUCCUCCCCCCGGGUUUUUUCCUCUUUUAUGAAUAAGGGAAUUGUUUUCUUUCGGGUACUCAACGUGGUAGAUCAGUUUGUCUGAUGCUGCAGAUGACCAUUUGCAAUCAGAAAUGGUGACUCUUCAUGCUAGCAUUCACCAAAAUUGAUGGCUUCCCUUGAGCAAACGAAAGGCAGGCACAGUUGAGGUGUACGUAACAAUUUAAAUGUUUCUCUAUUUUAUUUUCCCCUAAAAAGGUAGCUUGGCAGUAUAGAUAUGUUUAUGUUGAAAGGCCCUUUUAUUCAUCAUCCAAAAUGUGGAAAAGAAUCUGGUUUCUAUUACUCUAA